AUGAAAAUUGCUGCUAUCCUCCUUUUAGGUCUUGCUGUCCUUGCUACUACUUCCGUCUUUUUGCUCUAAAAGAAGAAUGUUGAAAACGUCUACUCAGACUGUGGUAAGCUCAUUGUUAAUGACUCUUUCGGAACUGCCGUUUAGAACAUCUGCCCUGUUGAAUUUGUCUUACAAAUCUCUUUCAAGACUGAAUAUGGAUAUGAAACUUAUGAAACUGGAUGCCUUUAACACAAUGAAGUCGCUUUGAUUAAGCGUCAAGUUGUCGAAAGCAGCCAAGAAUAUGAAAUUAAGAACUUAGAAUGUUGA